CGAAAUAUCGCUCCCAAAAUUGCCCCUCCUGAAUCCUUCAGGCUACAGGCACCAACCGCGCAGAAACCCAUGAGACUGUAGCAUAUACAGGAACAAAUGGCACAGGCACAGAAUGCCAACGACCCGGCCGUCCGUCCCGUGAGACUGACCAUCGAGGCCUGCAAGAAUGACGACGUGUCCCUAAUGGUACUGGCCAUCUCACUGGCAUCCAAGCCCGAGUCGCGCAACACGGUUCAAGAAGUCAUCCAGGCCGGCCUCAACCGCUCCUUGAGAAGAACCGCACCCAAGAUUCUGUCCUACCUGCUCGACCAUGGCGCGGACGUCGGCACCGUAUACGCCCAUAUGAUUGGGCCCAGUGAAGAGCCGGGCAAGCCGUCGCUCGAGAUGCUCGAGAUGCUCAUCGCCCACGGCUGGGACAUUGACGCCCGGCACCCGCGCACGAGCUGGCCGCUGCUAUGGAGCGUGCUGCGGUAUCCCGACCUUGUGGAGUGGUGUCUCGCCCAAGGCGCCAGCGUCUACCUGCCUGGCGAUACUCCGCCGCGGAAUGCCAACGGCGUGGGCGAGACGCCGCGAGAAUCGCUCCUUGUGUGCGCCGCAAAGCAUGCAACCGUGGCGACGUUUGAGCUGCUGCGAGAGAGGGGCGCACCUUUGGAACGGCGGGCACUGCACGAGGCCGCCGAGUUCGCUGCUAUAUACGCGCUGCCGUAUGGUUCUGCUGCCGACCCUGCCCACGUCGCCUUGUUUAGAGAGCGCGUGGACAUGGUGCGGCACCUCGUGGAUGUGGUUGGGCUUGAUGUAAACUCGCAAGAGGCGUGGCCUGGCAAAUGUCGCGGCACACCACUGUAUUAUAUAGCGAGGCGCAACAACCGCAAAGAUGCCAGAGAGGUGAUUUGGUUCUUGUUAGACCGCGGUGCAGACCCGGAUCUUGGCUCCACCAUGGGCGAUCUCCAAAUUGAGAGCGCAAUCAAGGACGCCGAGAAGCAUUCUAAUACGCGCUUUCUGGAGGCUGUUCAGGAGUGGCGGGAUCGGCAGCAUGAUAAUGUGAAUACAGCCUGAUGGGGGGGUUGAGACUUGAUGAUUGAUGAGACUUUAUGAGAUUCUAUGAGAGCUUACGUCCUUUACAGCAGGUAGUUGAAGAAGACAGUAGUCAAUAGCGUAAGAAAAGACUAUACCCAGCUUCGGAUUCAGUG